GCUUUGCAUAUUCUUAUUCCCUUGUGGGAUUACCCAUACUCAUGGUAAUUAGCCGUUUGCAGAGAGAGAGAAAUUCAUGGUCCUCUGUACCAAAAUGAAAAAAGAAAAAAAAAGUUCAUGGUCCCAAACAUAUCGUUUAUCUCCUUACCAUAAAAACUUCCAACUCCAAUUAAAACAUUUAAUAUUGUAAAAGCACUCCGUCACCAAAAUCUAUAAAAUAAGGCUCUCUGUAUCCCAUUACUCGCUUUCGGAAGGCAACUACUUAAUAAAUGUGAACCUUUUUUUUUUUUUUUUUUUUUGCCAAAUUUAGAGAAAGGCCAGGCUACCAUACAAUUGCCGCCACCGGAGGCCUAGCUGACGUCCGGUGGGGAAAGUGAAAACCCUUUUGCUCUUUUGAAAGAUGGGUCAGGGGCUGAGUUGUGUAGCGAGUCAAGAGAAUGAAUUGUUUACUGCAGUACAAGUUGGAGACUUUGAAACUGUGGAAACUUUGUUAGAGAGAGAACCCAAUCUUUUGCAUCACACAACUGUUUAUGAUCGCCACUCUGCUCUUCAUAUAGCAGCUGCUAAUGGCCAGAUCGAGGUGGGUUGUCCCUUUGGAGGUUUUUGAAGAUAAACUUUUUUUGAUUUUGGCUAUGUUUUUGGAGAAAUCCAUGAAUCCGGAUGUAGUGAAUCGUCACAAGCAGACUCCACUUAUGUUGGCUGCAAUGCAUGGGAAGAUCUCCUGUGUGAAGAGGCUCCUUGAAGCUGGGGCAAAUAUAUUAAUGUUUGAUUCCCUUCAUGGAAGAACUUGCUUACACUAUGCAGCCUAUUAUGGUCACUCUGACUGCCUUCAAGCCAUCCUCACUGCUGCUCAAUCUAGCCCUGUUGCUGUUUCAUGGGGAUAUGCACGGUUUGUGAAUAUAAGAGAUGGUAGGGGAGCCACUCCCUUGCACUUAGCAGCACGCCGGAAGCAGCCUGAAUGCGUACAUAUCCUGUUAUACAAUGGUGCUCUUGUUUGUGCAUCAACUGGUCGAUAUGGUUUCCCAGGAAGCACACCUCUUCAUUUGGCUGCUAGAGGGGGCUCUCUCGAUUGCAUUCGUAUGUUGUUGGCUUGGGGUGCAGAUCGUCUUCAAAGAGAUGCAUCUGGGAGAAUAUCAUUUGUCGUUGCGCUAAAACACAAACAUGGAGCUUGUGCAGCUCUUCUAAAUCCUUCAUCAGCAGAACCUCUUGUCUGGCCAGCAACUUUAAAGUUCAUUACCGAGCUUAAUGAAGAGGCAAAAUCACUAUUAGAACGGGCCUUAAUGGAGGCUAACCGGGAAAGGGAAAAGAACAUCUUAAAGGGAACAGCUUACUCACUUCCAUCACCCUCACAUUCUGACUCAGGGUUAGAUGACUGUGUUUCGGAGGCUAGCGAUACUGAAGUAUGCUGUAUAUGCUUUGAGCAGCUAUGCACUAUUGAAGUUCAAGACUGUGGCCACCAGAUGUGUGCACAAUGCACAGUUGCCUUGUGCUGUCACAACAAGCCAAACCCUGUGACUGCAAGCCUAACAACCCUGGUUUGCCCCUUUUGCCGGAGCACCAUUGUCCGACUGGUGGUAGCCAAGAUGAAAUGUUAUGACGAUACCAAUCGCUCUACUGAAGAAGAUAGUACUUCAAAGCCAAGAAAAUCAAGAAAGCCAAGGAAUUUCAGUGAGGGAAGCAGCAGCUUUAAAAGUUUAUCCGCAAUAGGUUCAUUCAGCAAGAUUGGUGGCCGUAGCUCAGGAAGGUUUGCUGCAGAAAAUGAAUGGAUUGAUAAGCCUUGAAACUUGGCACUUUGUCAGCCAUUGCUUAUUGAAAGUUUCAGAUUGUCACAUUCCUUUUCACACAACGAAGGAAAAUAAAGAAACGGCAGAGAGAAAAAAUCUAGCAAUCAUGGUGAGGACUGGACUCAUUUGGUCUAUAUACAUGUGAAAUAGGUGAGGUCCAUCUGCUACAAAAGAAAAGAAGUGAGCUUGCUUAGUGUUAUUUUGUUAGGGUUGGUAAGUUUGGUUUAUUUUGUUGUAAUCUUUGUUUACUUGAGACUGAGAUGAACAAUGCUACUUAAAAUUCAAUUUUUAUAUUUAAAUGUUUUAAUUUACAAAUGA